AAAUAGGGUACCCUCCCGCUGUGAUUUACUGUGCUACUUGAAAACCGACGAACCACUUUGAAGGAAGUGAUAAAGGAAGUGAUCAUCCUCCAGGACGUGUUUUCUCGUUUAUCUAAGUCGGUAGAUUAUCCCUAUUCCUCUUGCUUGGAUUACCUGCGGUUUCACGCUUCAGUUGCUCUUAAUUCAGUAGGAUAUUCGACAGAGAUUCCUACAAUCGUUACCGCCAAUAACGGAGAUUUGAUGCUGCCGUUCGACUUAACAACUUUCACCUUCUUCGAAUGAAUUUCUUCUCAUUAACCCACCGGAAUGGAGGCUUACAGCAUGCACUGCAUGAAUCCUUUUCGUCAUGUUGUCCUUUCGACUGGAUCACCUUUAGGCACCAUCCUGGCGGAAAAACGAGACCUUAUGGAUCGGUUGGCACUCUUAUUAGACAGAAAAAUGCGAUUAAUUCCGAACUGGACACAGUUAGCACGGGAACUGAGAGUUGAUGAUGCUGUAAUUAGCCGAUUGGAACAGUACAGUAACCACAGCCCUACCAUCCAAUUGUUUGAUUAUCUAGAGGUCAAGCAACCAAACUUAAGCAUUCAACAACUUCGACAAGGAUUGACACAGAUUAGUAGGAAUGAUCUGAACGUACUGCUCAAAAAUGCUGGCUUUGAUGACCAUGAAGAGGUUCGAGGAGUAAUAACAUCGGGAGAUCCACAAACUCAGACUUCCCUUAAGAAGGAAAUUCUCGACAAAAUUGCUUUAGCUUUAGAUGGGACAUCACUGGUACUCGGAAACUGGUACAGCCUGGCGAUAAAAUUCAACGUGUCAAGGGAAGAAUGUUGGAAGAUAGGGGCACCUUCAGCAGAAAGCCCGACUAACCAACUGUUUCAGUAUUUGGAAGCUACUUGCCCAAAGAUGAAGCUGAAGAAAGUGGUGGACGCCCUUUGUUUGAUGACCAGGCAUGACUUGCUAGACCUUAUAGCUAAACAGAACUUUGAAGAUGAAGUGCUACUGAAAGAUGUCAUGAUACCUGGAUCGAAGCUCCUGCAAACGAUGGCGGAUAAACUCAACCGUACAAUACCUGCCGUUGAGAAUUGGAAAAACCUAGCUUUCAAGUUGGAAAUCCCAAACGACGAGAUCCGAAAGUUUGAGGGCAUGACGAGAGAAUCUGAGAGAACAAGUCCAACUAUUGAAGUGAUGAAAUGGGUGGCCGCUAAAUUCCCUGACACUUGUUUAACUGAUGUUGUAAGGGCAUUGGACAAGAUUCAACGAAAUGACGCAGUUAUAAUCAUAACAGAGGAAUUUCCAGAUACAGUGGAUCAAUCCCUGGAACGACUGGAUUCUUCACUGCACGAUAGCCUCAUCAAAGAGAUGCCGAUUAACGAUCCAACAGGCAGGACGUUGUCUUAUUGUCGCAAGGGGGAAAGAUCUGUUUCACUCUCCAGUAAAGUUGCAGAAGACAUGAUACGAACUGGUCACUGCGGGCUCUUGCCAGAACGAACAAGCCUAGUGGGACGCAGUGAGAUUUGUGAAGAUAUUGUAACCCUAUUGACUUCAAACAAAUCGGCUGAAAUUGUGGCACCACCUGGAUACGGAAAAACAACGGUGGUAAUCGAGGUCGCUUAUAGGAUGAUCGAAAGAGGAAAGUUUAUCGCCUAUGUUAAACCCCGUAAUGUUACCUGUGUAGAAGAUCUGGCAGGCAAAAUUAUUGAGGCUUUAGGCUUCGUUCACGGAGAAGACGCAGUAACUGAAGUAUUUCAUCGCAUCUGUUACUUUAAGGAGAAGAGUGUGGUGUUGAUCAUUGAAAACAUCGACGACUUAAUGCAUCUUGAGAAUCAAAUAAGUGUCAACGAACUCCAUCAAGAACUGAAAUCCAAAACGUACUGUGCAAAAAUGCGUGGAAAAUACUCGAAGGAUGACUUUUUCACCUUUUUAAAAGACAUAGGGCUAAUUUCAAACGUUCAACUGAUCCUCACAUCUCGAGAAACGUACAAUUUCCCAAUCGAAGUUAUUGAUUUAGGGCCGCUUAAUGACGAAGAAUCAGCUGCUCUGUUCACAAAGAGUGACGGUAAUCUAGACGAUAGCUUGAUCAAGGAACUGGUCAGAGUUUGUGGCGGUAUUCCUCUGAUAAUUUGCACUGUGCUCUUCAUUCUUAAACGGGAAAAUCCGAAAGAGUUUACUGAGAGACUCUCUUCAAGUUCACCUAGUGAUCUCGUCAGAGAACUGAACCCAGAAUUUAUGGCAAAUGAAGACCGCAUUGAUAAGUGUCUGGAAAUCUGCUUUAAACGGCUAAGUCAAGAGAACCAGAAGAUUCUUGUCAUGUUCUCCACAUUUCCGUACAGAUUCACGCAAGAACAGUUCCAAACAGUAUUUGAGUCAUCAGUCGGACACGAUUUUCAGACACAUCUAAAUUGCCUGAAGCAAAGCAGCCUCCUUCAUUUCGACAAAAAGAGUUGUCAAUACUUCCUUCAUCCUUUCAUAAGGAAUUUCUUUUCUUUGAUGCCCGACCACAAUGAAGCGAAAUCAGUCUUCCUUCGUCACUACAGUGAUUUGGCCGUUAGCCUUUGCCGUAAAUUUUUGAGUAAGGAUUCUAAGUGUGCGAUUGAACAUUACAGAGCUGAGAAGGAAAACAUUCGAGAGGCCAUGGCGUGGUGUGGAGAUGAGCAUCCUGAGCUUGAACAAAGCUUAAGGGAGAAGUGCAUCAAUGCCUUUAAUAAGGCCGCCGUAUUUCUUGCAAAGAUGAUGAAAAGGCAGGAGUUCGAGUCGCUCUUCUGCAAGCUCGCGCAUCGUUGUCGCUACGACAUGCCUCUUUACAGUGCUUGCCUAACGCACAUCGGAAUGAACAUAGUUUUAAGUUGUACAUGCACACCUUUCAUUUGCUCAAGAGCGUUAUAUCGUGCCAAGAGUUUGCUGUCAGAUGCGAACGACAUCCAGUCAGAACGUAAUGACGUGAAUAACAGCAACCGGGCCCAGUGCUUAAGUAAGCUUGGUUUCUGUUGCGUUCGCGAGGGGCGUGUUGAAGAAGGCUAUGUACACCUGGAAGAAGCCUUAAAAUUACGACGGGAGAGAGCAGAGAAAUCAAACAAAAGGAAAGACAAAGUCAUGUUAGCGGCUUGUUUAAACGAUUUAGCAGCUUCUCAAAUGGUUCAACGGAACCACUUGCUUGCAAUUCAAACAAGACUCGAUUCUGUGCUUCCUAUUUAUAAAGAGAACCUCGGAGAUCAUCCUUUCACAGCAACAACACUUAACUGGAUUGGCAACAGUUACUACGCUUUGGGUGAUAACACCGGCGCCAUCAAAUACAGCAGCACAUCAGUAAACCUCCGACGGCAACUGCUGGGGCAACAUCAGGAAACUGCAAAGUCUCUAUAUGAUCUGGGAGAGGCGUUUAGCGCGAAGGGAGAUUACCAAAGUGCCCUUGAUUACCUGAAAGAGGCUGCUAAAUUACAAGAGGAAGUAUUAGACACACACGAAGAGCUGAUUCACACAUACCAAACCUUGUCGAUUGUCUUGCGUUAUCUUGGAAGAGAGAAGGAAGCCGAGGAAGAAGUGAAAAAGGCAGAAGAGUGUGCGAAAAAUUUGGCUUCUUGGAAAGCCCCUUUAAAGAGAGUUGAGAGCCACGAAGGAGAAAAAGGAUGGAUGGCUGUUUCAACCAUUCCUGAUGCACAACCAAGAAGUUCAGCCAUUGCUGAAACAAAGCUAAGAAGUUCAACGGUCUGAUUUAUUACCCCCUGCCCAUGAUAGACGAAAUACAUUCAACAAUGCUCACAGUAUCAGUUAUUAUAUUUUCACUACGACAAGUAAAUCAGUCUGCUCAGUCAAGCAGACGGUUGUUUCUUAUCGAGCUGAAAUGACUUCUUCGUUAUAGGAGAGAAAAUUGCAGCAGUACUUUUCCGUCAUUGUGUUCGCGGGACAAGCAAAGCCCGACGUACAUGUAGGGCAUAUUUGUAUUUGCACAAAAAAAUAAAUUGAAUUAAAUAAGAAAUAGUUCCUGUGUGGAAAAAGACGAAGCAACAAAAUGGCCACGUUAAACGAUCCAUACUAAAACAUGAAGUAUAACCGUGGGAGGACUGGGGAGGCUCUGGCUUCACUAGACUUGUUUCAGCCACUGAGGAACCGGUUCCUGGUCUCGUCCGUAU